AUGGCUUCCAACAUCCUCUUCCUUCCCUUCCGGAAGUCGCACUCUGUGAACCUCACGCAAGCCAUCAAGCAGUACAUCUCUUCCAAAUAUGACCAGCAUCCAGACAUGUUCUCCAAGGACCUCGAGACGAUUGAAACGCUGCGCUCCGUCGCCGUCCACGCCCAAGAGUCCCAUCAGAAUAAUAUCCCAAAGCUGCAGCAAUACGCAGCCCAGCUGAUCUGGAUGAGCGGCAAGUUCCCCAUCGACAUUGGCGUAGAAUUCCCCUGGUAUCCCGCCCUGGGCUACAACACGGGCCGGCCGACGUCGCGCAACAACCUUCGCUACGAGCUCGCCAACAUCCUCUCCAACCUCGCCGCCAUGUACUCGCAGCUCGCCAUGUCGUCGAACCGAAGCUCCCCAGAGGGUCUGAAAGCGGCCGCGAACAACUUCUGCCUAGCUGCAGGCGUCCUAUCCCAUCUGCGGAACAGCAUACUCCCCGACCUGCGAACCGAGCCGCCAGAAGACAUGGACAUGAUGACGCUGGAAUGUUUGGAGAAGCUGAUGCUCGCUCAAGGCCAGGAAUGCUUCUGGCAAAAGGCUGUCAAGGACGGAUUGAAGGAUGCCACCAUCGCCAGACUGGCUGCUCGCGUUUCCGACUUGUACAACGAAGCGCGCGAAGCAGGAAUCACAUCCGACGCCAUAAGCAGCGAGUGGAUACACCACAUGACGGCAAAACAUCAUCACUUUGCUGCUGCCGCCCAGUACCGGGCCGCCUGCGACUGCCUCGAAAAGCGCGAGUACGGAGAAGAGGUGGCACGUCUGCGCGACAGUCUCACGUGCGUCAAGGAAGCCCUCAAAGAGCAGCGAUACGUCAAUAAGGUGGUGCUCGCUGACUUGAACGGCCUGAAGAACCGGAUAACAGAGGACCUGAAGCGUGCAGAAAAGGACAACGACAUGAUCUAUCUCCUGCCCGUCACCCCGAAAGCCGAGCUCAAGAUAAUAGACCGGGCGAACAUGGUGGUGGCCAGGGUGCCCAAGGAGAUAGCCGAAUCAAACUCGAUGCUUGGAGACCACGGUGAACUUGGCCCGGCCUUGUUCUCCAAGCUGGUACCAUACUCUGUUCACUUGGCUGCCAGUAUCUACGUGGAUCGCCGUGACAGGCUUGUCAACAAUACCAUCAUCGAACAACUCGAGACCCUUACAGCGAGGAUACACGAAACUCUUCGUAGUCUGAACCUGCCCGGAUCACUCCAAGCGCUUGAGAAACCUCUGGGUUUGCCGCCAGGCUUGGUCGGCCACGCCGAUGAGAUCCGGCAGCAGGACGGUAUCAACCGGCUUUUGCGGUCCAUGGAAGACACCAAGAAACUAAUGUACACUGAUCAGGCCAUCUAUCAGGAAGGUGUCGAUAUUCUCAAGUCAGAAGUCGCCGAGGACGAAGGUGCGCGCCGGAGGUAUGGCACUGAGCGCUGGACCCGGCCAUCACCUGAACAAGCUGCGCCCAAGCUGUUUGCCCAGAUCAAUGAGAUUGAUGGCUACUUCAAGGCAGCCACCAAUAGUGACAACAUUGUAAAGACGAAGCUGAAAGAAAACGAGUAUUUCAUUCAACUGCUGAGUGGUCCAGAUCACGAUCUUGAGAAUUAUGUGCCAAGUGGUCGAAGACCAGCCAUCACAGGAGAUGUCGAGCGAGAAGCUGGCAAGUUGCGAGGCUCCUUCAACGAGGUGAGCCGACUGGAGAGUCGCAGACGACGGAGGAUUGAGGCUCUGAGGACAAAGGCAAAGCAAGAUGACAUCAACCCAGAAUUAUUACGCGAAGCCGCUCGCUUGGAGCGGGAGUAUCCCAUGCAGUCGAUUGAGGCUGUGCAGUUUGAAGGCUUGUUUGAUAGGCGACUACAGAUGUACGAUGUCGAUCAGGACAUGGUACAGGAAGAAGAGAAGGAUCAAGCGGAUGCCAUUAAGCGAUUACAAGAUGCCAAUGCUGCGUUCCUGAUUGCCCGUCGAGGGGACCAAUCCACCAAGAAGCGUGAACAGGCACUGCAGAAUCUGGAGAAUGCCUAUUUCAAGUACAAGGAGAUUAUCUCGAAUCUCGACGUUGGGCGAAAGUUCUACAAUGACCUGGCCAAGAUUGUAAACCGAUUCCGAGACGAUGCGCGAAGUUUUGCGUAUCAACGCAAGUCAGAGGCCUCACAUCUUGAGAAUGACCUGGCCACUCGAAUGAAUUCACUUGGUCUCCAACAGGCGACGUCCACAUCGCUACAACAACAAAAACAGGCAGAUGCACAAGAUCCACAGUAUGGUGCGAAUGCGCAUGCCGAGGAGCCCUUGACAGCGCCGACUCCUACCCGAGCCUCCAUUCCACCACAAGCGGGUAUGUGGACGCCUGAAGUGGGCAUCAGGUUUGGAGGAGUACCUACGACGUCUGGCAAUUCUCGACCAUCAAAUGGUCCUCCACAAGACGGCCGGUGGGACCCUGUCCAGGGCCUGAAGUUUGGUUGA